GACUUUUCGCAGCUGAUAGCCUGCGUGUUGUAUAAAUGUCGCUCUGCCAACAAGUCGGUUGAAUGUUUUCGUCGCGUUUGGCGUCAGAGAACUUUUCUACGUUUUCCGACCGCGUCCUCGACUAAUAUCGACACGAAUGAUACGUAUGCUCGAUUUCCCGUCGCAUCAUGUACAUCAAACAGGUGAUUAUCCAAGGAUUUAAAUCCUACCGUGAACAGACGGUCGUCGAACCUUUCGAUCCGAGACAUAAUGUAGUAGUUGGCAGAAAUGGGUCUGGCAAAAGCAACUUCUUUUAUGCUAUUCAAUUUGUCCUAAGCGAUGAGUUCUCUCAUCUCAGGCCUGAGCAGAGGCAAGCACUACUACAUGAAGGAACGGGACCUCGUGUUAUAUCUGCUCAUGUAGAAAUUAUCUUUGAUAAUUCCGAUGGAAGAUUACCGAUUGAUAAAGAUGAAGUAUAUUUAAGAAGAGUGAUUGGCUCCAAAAAGGACCAAUACUUUCUCAAUAAAAAAAUAGUGACAAGGAAUGAUGUGAUGAAUUUAUUGGAAUCAGCAGGAUUUUCUAGGUCUAAUCCUUACUACAUUGUAAAACAAGGAAAGAUAAAUCAAAUGGCAACAGCACCAGAUUCACAUAGAUUAAAAUUAUUAAGAGAAGUAGCAGGUACUAGGGUAUACGACGAUAGGAGAGAAGAGUCGAAAUCCAUUUUGAAAGAGACAGAGGGAAAAUUAGAGAAAAUCGAGGAUUUUCUGCGAACAAUAGAGGAACGUUUGAAAACACUCGAGGAAGAAAAAGAAGAACUGAAAGAAUAUCAGCGUUGGGACAAACAACGUCGAUGUUUAGAAUAUACGAUUCACGAACGUGAACUUAAAGAAAAUAAAAGAAAAUUAGAAGAGCUGGAGGAGUCUAGAGCGAAUAGUGGAGCCGAGCAGGCGAGAUUGGGAGCAGAAGCCAAAACUGCUCAAGAAAUGGUACGUGCAGCUACAAAGAGGCUAAAAGAAGCAAAAAAGGAAGUACAGACUGCCAAAGAAGAAAGGGACACUCUUAGUGCUGAACAGCAGCAAUUACUAAAAGAAAAGAAUAAGUUGACUUUUACCAUUAACGAUUUGUUGGAAGAGGUAAAAGGUGAUAAUGACAGUAAAAAACGUGCUCAACAAGAAUUAGAAAAGUUGAAGGCCAAUAUUGCUCUUCGAGAAGACGAGUUGAAAUCUCUUAAACCAGAAUAUGAACGAAUGAAACGUGUUGAGGAAGAGUGUACACGAGAAUUACAAUUAAAGGAGCAGAAACGUAAGGAAUUAUAUGCUAAACAAGGUCGUGGCAGUCAAUUCACCACUAAGGAUGAAAGAGACAAGUGGAUACAAAAUGAGCUUAAACAACUUACCAAACAGAUAAAAGAUAAAGAAGAGCAUCAAAAAAAGAUCAGCGAAGAUUUAAAACGUGAUGCAGAAAAACAAAUUGCCUUGGAGAAGAAAAUAGGAGAUCAUACGCGUGAAAUGGAACGACAACGUGCGUCAAUAGAUGAUCAUAAUAAACAAUAUUAUGAGCUUACCAAAGCGAAAGAUCAGUGUCAAGCAACUCGAAAAGAACAAUAUCGGCAGGAGAGUGUAUUGCAACUAAAUCUAUCUGGUCUUAAAGAAGAUUUAGCAAAAGCAGAUCAGAGUCUAAGAUCCAUGGCUGGUAAACCUAUUUUAAAUGGCAGGGAUAGCGUACGUAAAGUAUUAGAUACUUUCCGUGGACGGAAAGAUAUGGUUAAUGAAGUAAGCAGUUAUUAUGGGCCUGUAAUCGAAAAUUUCAACUGCGACAAGAGUGUUUAUAUGGCCGUUGAAGUAACCGCUGGGAAUCGGUUGUUUCAUCACAUUGUGGAGACCGAUAAGUUUGGCACAAAGAUUUUAAAAGAAAUGAACAAUCAACGAUUGCCUGGAGAAGUAACUUUUAUGCCUUUAAAUAGACUUCACGUCAAAGAUAUAGAUUAUCCGCAGACUUCUGAUGCUAUACCCAUGAUAUCCAAAUUAAAUUACGAUCCCAAAUUUGAUAAAGCAUUAAGAUACAUAUUUGGAAAGACUUUGAUCUGCCGCAAUCUGGAGGCAGCAACAACUUUGGCGCGAGAUUCCGGUUUGGACUGUGUUACAUUAGAAGGCGAUCAGGUUUCAUCUAAAGGCUCCUUAACUGGCGGAUAUUUCAAUACACUCAGAUCACGGCUUGAAAUACAGAAGACAAGAUCAGAAUUAAUGUCUCAGAUUUCUACUUUGGAGACCCAAUUAACAACGCUUAAAGAAGAAAUCAGAAAGGCGGAUCAAAAUAUUAGUUCUUACGUUAGUGAAAUGCAGAGGACUGAAACCAGAAAUAGUAAAGCUAAAGAUAUAUAUGAUAAAAUGAAAGCAGAAAUACGUCUUAUGAAGGAAGAAUUAAGUGCUAUAGAAAGAUACCGUACACCAAAAGAAAGAAGUCUUGCACAGUGUACAUCAAGUUUGGAAGCGAUGCGCGCGACUAAAGACGGCCUGGAGAGUGAAUUACAUCAAGAACUCAUGGCGCAGUUAUCCGUCGCGGAUCAGCAUCAGGUUGAUACUUUAAAUGAUGACAUAAGACGCUUAACGAAGGAGAACAAAGAAGCAUUUGCGAAGCGAAUGCAAUUAGAAGCAGAAAAAAAUAAGUUAGAAAACUUAUUAACAAAUAAUUUAGUGAGAAGAAAGGAUGAAUUAGUUCAAGCUUUACAAGAGAUUUCAGUUGAAGAUCGACAACGGCAGCUUGACUCAUCAAAGAUACAAUUAGCGGAUAUUGAAAAGAGAUUAGUAAAAGUAAACGAGGAUUUCAAAGCGCAAAACGAAAAAGUGACCAACGCUAUGAAGAAACAAAAAUCGGAGUCUGCUGAAGUUGAGAAAUGGAAAUUAAAAGAAAAAGAAGCACAGGAGAAAAUAGAAGCCGACGCAAAGGAUUUAGAAAAAUUAGCGAGCAAGUUAAAUAUCCUGCAGCAUAAAAUAGUGGAAUGUACACAGAAAAUUACUGAACUCGGCGCAUUGCCUAGUCAUGAAGCUUAUUCUAAGUUUAAUACAAUGUCCACGAAACAGCUUUUUAAGGAAAUGGAGAAAGCAAAUAAUCAUUUAAAAAAAUAUAGCCAUGUGAAUAAAAAGGCUUUGGAUCAGUUCAUGUCGUUCAGUGAUCAGAAAGAAAGAUUGGUAAAACGAAAGGAAGAGUUAGAUCGAGGCGACGAGAAAAUAAAAGAACUCAUGUCUGUACUUGAACAGCGUAAAUGCGAAGCGAUACAAUUUACAUUUAAACAGGUGAGCAAAUAUUUCAGUGAAGUAUUUAAAAAACUUGUACCUUCGGGACAUGCGCAAUUAGUCAUGAGGACUGCAGAUGGUGAUGAAGGAGAUGAUGGAACAGCAGAGCCAUCAGAUUCUGAUAGAUUCAUUGGCGUAGGUAUAAAAGUAUCGUUUACGGGACAUAGAGGCGAAAUGAGAGAGAUGAAUCAAUUAUCUGGUGGACAAAAGUCACUCGUAGCAUUGGCACUCAUAUUCGCGAUACAAAAGUGCGAUCCUGCACCAUUUUAUUUGUUCGAUGAAAUCGACCAAGCGCUGGACGCUCAACACAGAAAGGCAGUGGCAGAUAUGAUCCACGAGCUUAGCUCUGAUGCCCAGUUUAUCACCACGACAUUCAGGCCAGAAUUACUACAUCAUGCGAACAAAUUUUAUGGAGUGAAAUUCAGAAAUAAAGUUUCGCAUGUCGAAUGUGUAACGCGGGAAGAGGCAGCCGAUUUCGUUGAGGACGAUACAACACAUGGUUAAAAUAAAAAUAUCUUAUUUAUAAAAUCUACAGACACAA